UUCUGACUUCCUUGAAAGAGCAGGGCUAUAUCAUGAGUGAAUGUGAUCACUGACCAUAAUCAGCAAAGACAGUUUGGAUGCAGAGAAACAUCAGACAUCAGUGAAGAGACUUCAUCCAGGUUUCACUCUGAAGAAUGGCAAACAUCUCUGUUAACACCACCCUCCUGAAUGAAAGCAUUAACUUCAACCAUAAUGGCUCCCUGCAUGAGGAUUAUGGAGACCUCGAAUUCAUCAUGCAUGUAGUGACAUGCAUCAUCAUUUGUAUCGGUCUCCCUUUGUUACUCAUGGCCAUCUAUGCUCUCUACUCUCUGGUAAAGAAUGGUCAGGUGGCUCCAAUCUACAUCAUCAACCUUUUAAUAUCAGACCUCAUUCAGCUCUGCUGUCUGAUUGUUUGGGAGUCCAAACCUGAGAGAGAGAUGACAGAGAACAUUGUGAGACAUACUUACAGAUGUGGUCUAAUGACUAGUGUUGGCUUCAUGGUGUGUAUUUCACUGGAAAGAUAUUUGCUCAUCGCCCACCCACUGUGGUACCGCUUCAGACGAACCAUCAGGAUCUCUGUGGCGGUCUGUGUUGUAGUCUGGAUCAUACCUCUUGUCUUGAGUUUUGCUGUGUUGCCCUGGGUUUCUGUGGUUGUCAAAGACAUCAUCUUCGCCAUCUUCCUCAUCAUUCCCUUCCCACUGUUCAUAUUCUUCCUGGUUGGGACCCUCAGAGCUCUCUCUACUUCUGUCUCAGUCCCCUCUGAUGAAAAACGGAGAAUCGUGGCAAUCUUAGUCCUGGUGCUGCUGAUUUAUACUCUGCUGUUCCUGCCCCGUCUUAUUCUUUUCACUGCAGAAACACAUGAUUUCACUCUAAAUGUCCUCUCCCUCAUGUUUCUAAAGCUGAGUCCACUUGCAGACUUACUUCUGUAUGUUUUCAUCAAAAAAGAGACCUUUGGGAAGCUUUGGUCCUCUGUGUGCUGUUGCAGAAAGGAGAACAAUGACACCAACAACACCAACACAAUCAAUCUAGACCACACAGAGACCAGUGGUUAUCAGUUAGGGGGACGGAGCCAGAAAGUAGCUGACUGAGCUGAUUUCAGAAGGUCACAAAUAUGGGGGUCAGAAGUUCUGGAUGUCUGAGUGAGCCCAUGUUUCUAUUUGAUUGACUCCAUUUUCCCAUAAUAAGGAGUAAAUUUAGGUCGUUUCCCAAAGAUCUCAACUAUUUCUCUCCCUUUGUCAGGAUGACAAACCUGAGUUUCCCAAGAUAACAAGUUCAUUCCCCCAGAAAUAUCCCAAACUUCCCUUUUCAUGUGAAAGUGGAGUAAAGUGACUUGAAUGCAUGCUUGUCCUCUGCUACAACCAUUCUUUCAAACAUCUUUGUUUUGUGCUGUCUUGCUGUUCUGUUGUGUUUUGUUCCUCCUAAACUUCAACAUCUUUUUAUUUAGUACAUUUGAGUGGUUGAACAUUUGUCUAAAUGUGGACCAGGAUUCUCAUGGAGAGGGUAGGGGAGUGUCCUGAGGAUUAAAAAAAGAGGAAACACGCCACAAAUGUUCUCCCUAAACAUUAUUUGUUAAGCUGUGCAUUUAAUACAUAGAAAUGAAUAUUAAAACAGC